AUAAUUUAAAUAAUCAUAAUGGUUCGGUUUCAAAGUAUGACACCACAAGAGUAUAAAGAAAAGCAUGAAAAUUUUAAGAUAAUCCAUGGUUUCCAUGCUACACCUUUUGGGGAUUGCUUAAUUGGCAUUACUAACACUAAUAAAGCAAUUAUGCAUUUGGCUUUUGUUGAUAAAAAUAAUGAAGAAGCUUUGAAUGAAUUAAAGAACGAUUGGCCUCUUUCAAAAUUGAUCGAAGAUACCUCGAACGAAACAAACAAAAUUAUAGAAAAAAUCUUUUCCCGAUGGGUAACUGUGGAUGAUUCUAUUUCUGUUCUCAUGAAGGGUACACAGUUCCAAAUGAAAGUUUGGGAAGCCUUGAUGCUUAUUCCACAUGGUACAACUGUUACUUAUGAACAAGUUGCGUGUAAUAUAGGUAAACCAAAAGCCGUACGAGCUGUUGGAAAUGCGGUCAUGAAAAAUAAUAUUGGUUAUUUGGUGCCAUGCCAUCGCGUAGUAGGUAAAUCUGGUAGUAACAAAUAUAAAUGGGGAACGAAGCGUAAAGAAAAUAUUCUCUUGUAUGAGCGUGAUUAUGUAAACACUUAAGUUUAUUUUUUAUAUGUUUACAUACUUCUACAAUUUUUUUAUUAAUUUAUACUUUAAUACAAAGAGAUGUAGUUUAUGUAAUAUGGUACAUUUUAUAAGUUCUAUUACUUACGAAUUGUUUAUUUCGUAGUAUUUAUAUAAAUAUAAAAAUUUAGACAUCAAAAAUUUCCUGAUAUUUGCAUAGAUUAUGUAAAAUAGACACUGAAUAAUAUAAAAAGAAAAAUUGUUUAUUUUUAUACAUUAAAAAUUAUUUUUAUUAUCUUUAAAUACAAGUAUGCAGUAGUAUUUAUGUACACUUAAAGAAAUUAAUAAUUUAAGCUGUAAUGAUAAAUCCAUUGCACUCUUGCAUACAGUAACAGGAACACUAUGAUACUAGGAUGGUUUUCAGCAUUCACAAUAAUUCUAAGAUGGUAGUAUAAAUUAAACAUAAAUAAAAUUGUGUAAUUUUAUAUUUGAAUUUAGAUAGUUAUCGAUAUAUGUAACUGUUUUGUAUAAAAAAAUGUAGCAUUUUUUAAAUAUCUUGUGUUAAUUUACAAAAUAUUAAACUGUUCAAUUAGCAAUAUAUAAAAUAAAUGUCAAAAAAAGUUCGAGAGUGAAUUUAUGUAUGUAUUUUUGUGAAAUUUUGCGAUAUAAUUAAUUUUCUUUAGUAUACAAGCCUUUUAGAUGUCAAAAUAAUAAGCGUUGCAAAUGCUGAAGUUAAAAAGUAAUAGUUAAUGUUAGAGAACUGGCAAUGAGUGAAGAUAAUAAUUUGGCAUCUGAUGGACUUAUUGUUUAAGUUUAUACACAGCAUGACUGGAGAAGUCUAUCUACAUUGUAAAUAUUACUGUACUAUUAAUUCUAUACAUUAAGGUAUAAAUUUAUAAAUACAUAUUUAUAUACAUUUACAAUAUAAAUAUAAAAAUGAAUUUUAUAUAUAUAAAAGCAUUUUAUAAAUGUGUAAACCGUUUCACACAAUACUUAUUUGUAAAAAUUCUACUUUAGGUACAAGUAUGACACUUGCUUGUGUUAAUUGCAAAAAUCGAUGUUAAAUUUAAUUCAACAAUUAUAUAAAAAGUGUAAAAUUUAUCGUGACUUAUUUAAAAAUUAUUUUUUUUGCAAAUAAUCACAGGGAAUAAAUUGUAUUACCCUAAGAAUGAUUACAUA